AAUGGAACUUUUUUUUUUUUCACUUUAAAAAAAAGCGCUUAAGCAGCACAAAAAUUCAUUUUCCAACGAGAAAGCGUUGCAUCUUGCUACUGUUGCGACGCUGUGCUUCCGCUUCUACACCCCGUUGACUAUAUCUGCGCCGUCGCUAUCUGAUUGCUGACUUUGUUGAUUUGCAUUACAGCAGCAACGAUUCAUUAUUAUCUUUCCAUAAACUAUGGAAGAAAAAGUGUGUGAAUGUUCUUCAAAUGAGAAUAGUGAUUAUGAUGAUGACGAGUUCUAUUUGCAAAAUGCAAGUGAUGAAGAAGACUUUCAAUUUUCACCUGGUUCCUUGCCCAAGUUGCAGUUCAGGAACACAAAAUCCAAAGGCAGAUGGAAUGAAGAGAUGGGAAUGGCUGAAUUGUUAGAAAAGAAUGGCAAAAUGUGGGUAACAACUGGAAUAGUUCGCAAAGGCAAGAUUUACACUUCAGUUGAGGAAACUUUGUAUCUUAUGGAAUUAGAAGCCUUUGAUCUAUUAGAUAAUGAUGAUAUAAGUAUAUCUCUAAGCAAAAUGUAUGAAAAGGUUGCUGGUGGGAAGUUUGGAUGUUGUUGGGAGCUUUUUGAGGCUUACAGGCACCUCAAGUCUCUCGGCUACAUAAUUGCACGGCAUGAUGUUGCUUGGAGUUUGAAGAGUGUUAGAAGUUCCAUUAAAUCUUCUGAUCUUGAAGGAACAGAAGAAAACAAACAAUUAGUAGACAUGGUUUCCAAAGUCGAGGUUUCCAUCGAUAAGUUAUUCGGUGACUUGAAGAUUAAUGAUUUGAAGCCAGAUUUUGAUGUUUAUCUUCCAAACAACAGGUUUAGAAAGUCUUCUCCUGGCGAUCCAAAUUUUCUACUGUACUUGUCUAGGGGUCAUCCUCCAUCAAAAGCAGAAAUUGAAGUUCUAGAGAGACAAUGUGGUGGCAUUCCGUUGAAAAUUUGUUUGGUCACCGAAGGAAGGGUCAUUUUCUUUUCCUUUGACAAGGUUGAACUUCCUGUUCUAACUUGAACUUUUGGUACCAAUCAUGCAUUUCUACUCUGGGCUAACAUGGAAAGGAAGCUAAGGAUUGUAAUGAUUAAAAAGGUUGCUCAAUCCAAUUAUGUGCAAGAAAGCUUCAGAACCUGUCUUGGUUAACCUUGCAUUGCAAAUGGACUCGAGGGUGAUCACAGCAGGUGCUUGAACAUAUGAUUACUGUAUAUAUGCUGAUCAUUAUAAUUUUUUGGUGAUUAUUUUAUAAUUUGAUGAUCUGCUUUCUAUGCAGUUUUUCAAUCAGGAUUCUGAAUGUGAUUUUGUAUGUAUAUAGCAUCAUUUUUGGUGAUUAUUUUAUAGUUUGAUGAUCUGCUUUCUAUGCAGUUUUUCAA